AUGGGUGUUUCUAAGCUCCCUAUGUCAGUAUGUGAUGAUCUGAAUAGGAUGGUGCGGAACUUCUGGUGGGGCUCUUCGGAAGGGAAGAGGAAAACACAUUGGCUGGCUUGGCCCAAAAUUUUGGCACAGAAAAUGAAGGGCGGACUGGGCUUCAGGGACUUCCGCCUGUUCAAUCAGGCCCUGCUAGCCAGGCAGGCAUGGCGCUUACUCACUAAUCCUGCUAGUUUAUGUGCGCAGGUGCUCAAGGCGCGCUACUACCCGGAGGGCCGCCUCGAGGACACGGUGUUCUCGGGGAACGCCUCACCUACCUGGCAAGGCAUCCAGCACGGCCUUGAGCUCUUGAAGAACGGCAUCGUGUGGCGCGUCGGUGGGGGCCAUAACAUUCGCAUAUGGCGUGACCGUUGGCUGCCUACUGAGCCGUCGCGCCAACCCAUUACUCAGCAAGGAACCUGCCGACUAAGGAGAGUGGCGGAGCUCCUCGACGAGUCAGGCAACUGGCGAAUGGACCUCCUCCGUCGCCACUUCCUUCCUCCGGACGUCAACUCGAUUAGUAGCAUCCGGACAUCGCCGCGCGUCACCGACGACAUCCUCACAUGGGCGCCGGAGAAGAACGGUAUCUUCACCGUUCGUUCCGCCUAUCGACUAGCCAUGGACGAGCGCGAGCGUCCAUUGGCAACUUCUACAAGCAGGGCACCGGAUGGUCGUCGCGCCAUCUGGAAGACCAUAUGA